GGUCCAUCUACUCCAGACGUGGAAGACCAGGGUGAGGGGUACACAGACAGCUACCAGUCCGUACAUCCUAGCCCUACCCAUCAUGGCAACAACCUUGACCCUGCACCCAGUUUGUCUUGCUCUGCUCGAUCACCUCUUAAUGUGAGAGAUGCGUCACUUCCCACGUUGGAUGUACCCCCUACCUACUCCUUGGGCGAUCUAGAAGAUGACCUUGCCAGUGCCCAGAUAAGUGCACAAUCUGACAAUCUGGGGAAUGAUGGUGACAAUCAAGGGCAAGUCCCAGGCAACGAUGUUUCAGAAGAUGAGCCAGGGCCAAUUGAUUGCGUUAGAGGAGAUCCAGGGGCACAGUUGGGAAGCAAUCAUCCACAAAACACACCCGAGGCUGCUGCUGAUAAUGAGAAUGCGCAGAAUGAACCUUCUCCGCCAGAACAGACGAUCCCACCAGGCCACAUUCCCAUGUCUUUGAACCUGCAGGCAGGCGAAGACAGCUCUGAAUUCAACACACGUGAGGCCUCAGCACCAAGAGACAUGGGGCAGCUGUUAGGUGAACUCUCACAAGCAGAACCCCCAUCGAACCCUGGUAGUAUUGACAUGACUGUAGUGAAGAGCCCGCCACCUGUUCCAGAAGAAUGGACUGCUAAGGCGGAGGAGGAGGGGCAUCAGGGUGGGAGUGGAGAGCUGCAGGAGGGGGGCGGGGCUGAAGGAGAUGCAGUGCAGGGCAGUGUACAUGUCACCAUGCGAUGGAACCCAUUACAAGGAAUAAGAAAUACUUUACGCUCAAUAAGUCAUUCCUUGAGUGAUAAUCUAGGGCUUUGAGAAAGCACCUGGUGGUAAAUU